AUCUAGCUAUGCGUGCAACACCAACGAUUUAAUUAUUGAAAAAUCAAGAUAUUUUCCGGUAUUUAAGAUCAAAUAUUAAGUUUUACUAUGCUUUCUGUGUUUCAUCUAUCUCUAUUUGGAUUUGGAUUUAUUUUCGUCUUUUCUUCUGUUUACUCUGAAACCCCCUCGACCAUGUCAAUCGGAAGAAGUCCCCGCAGUGCCACCCACUUGGUUCAUCAUUUGGAUGCCAGCCCCCUCAUGGUGGCUGCUGAUGUCACUGAUGCCAGAGGUCUUAAAGCCCCUAGGACCUUGCUCUCGGAGUACCUUUGGCAACAGACGCAACAGCAUCACAACCAAGCAUUACAGUCCGGGUUUGUACAAGGAAUUAGGAACGCUUCGCUCAACCCCGAGGGCUUCGGAGGUUAUAUGCUACAGGACUCCGUGUUUUGUUAUAAGGCAUCAAACAACAUUGCUAUCGCCGAAUCAAACGCAACAGAUCCGUUUAUUAAACAGUUCUUGGAGAAAACGUUAAAAUCAUACCAGGAAUACUACCAAGCACUGUUCAAUACCUGGCAUAUUGAGGACGCAUCCGGAAUAAAGCUAGGCCAAGCUUGCAAGGCCUACAUUGCCCAUGAACACAAUGUAGCCAUGAACCUCAACUCGGUAUACUUCGUGGUUGCCCUCAUACCUUGUGCAAAGCUUUGGCCAUGGAUUGGACAGCAGAUUGCAGCAGAUACAGGCAAUUUCGGCGUGUACACCAAGUGGGUCCAGGAAAACUUUAGUCCUGACAGUUCUGGAGUAACCAAGUACGAAACGUUGAUUAACAACGCUGAAGCUCAAGGGGUAAUAAACAGAAACGAGGCUCUGGAAGUCUACACGAAGAGCAUGAUGGGAGAGGUUAACUUCUUUGACUCCAUCAAGACAAUGUAGAAGGAACGAGGCCAUGGCAGUUGAAACAAAUAUGUUUCAAAAGAACGACAAUACGAAAUUAUGUUUAUGCUAAGCGUUACCUGGUUCUUUUUCUUCAGCUUAUAUUUACAUGUAUGUCAACUAUAUAAUUAUGUGAGAUAUGUUCGUGUGGAUCGUCCAUACAGCCGAUGUAAACCACAUAAUAAAAAUGCACAUAUUAUUCUAAUAAAAAUAUAUUUAC